CCAUCCACAUCUUCUCCUUCCUCAACAACUCCGAACAAGUGGUAGAGAGAUGGAGAUACAAGCACGACAGCUACUGGUGGCCAUUUUGGGCAUUGUGAUAGCGAUAGCUUUCGCCGAUGCCGUGCAAGGAGCGACAGCAACGCCGGUUGUUGUCGGCCUGGCCAAGUGCUCGGACUGCGCCAGGAGGAACAUGAACGCUGAGGCAGCUUUCAAAGGUCUUCAGGUGGCUGUCAAGUGCAAGAACAGCAAGGGCGAGUACGAGAGCACGGCGGUGGGACAGGUGGACAAGUCCGGCGCCUUCAGCGUCCCGCUGGCCGCCGAUGCCGUUGGUGAGGACGGGGAGCUCAAGUCGGAAUGCUUCGCGCAGCUCCACAGCGCGUCGAGUGCGCCGUGCCCCGGGCAGGAGCCCUCCAAGAUCGUCGCGGCGCCACCGGGCGGCCACGACGGCAACGAGAAGACGUUCGUUGCGCUCGGCGGCAAGGUCCACCGCUCGUCGCCCGAGUGCGCUUCGGCUUUCCUUUGCCACCAUUUCUUCCACAGCAUUAUGCACCAUCAUCACGUAGGAACCCACACGCCUGUGGUUCUCCCUCACGCGCCUGAUCACGGCCACGGCGGCCAUUCCCUGCCGCCUGUCACCAAGCCGCCGGCGGUAGACGUGCCUGAGCACAAACCGGCGCCGGUGACCGUGCCGGAGCACAAGCCUCCGUCGACGCCGGUGGACACUCCGUCAACGCCCACCGCCCCGUCGACGACGCCAGUGUAUUCGCCGCCGACGCCAACUCCCAUCUACCACCCGCCGGCGCAGCGGGACGCUGUCACUGGCCCGUAGCUCUUCAAGAAGCUGCUGCCGUUCCUCAAGAUGUUGUUGCCUUUCUUUCCUCCUGAUGCGAUGGAGACUCAGCACUAUGAGUGUUUGGUCAGUGUUUUCUUGGCUUUUGCAGGUUAUGCAGUUUCUUCAGAAUAAGGUGUGUGUGUGUGUGUGUGUGUGUGUGUGUGUGUGUGUGUUCUAUCUAUUGGGGAUAGUUGAAUCUUAUGCGAUUUCCUGUGAACCGUUUUUAUUUAGUAAAGCUCUGCAACAAGUUGGGAAUACGUAUUAAAAUAUGAUUGCAAU